AUGCCAAAGCCAACUGUCAGCAAAAUGCCACUUCAUAAUCCUCCACUACCGGAUGAUGAGAAAGGAUCUUCAAUGAGUGAACAGGAAAGGAAGCGGCUUCGCAACCGUCUCUCACAGCAAGCUUUCCGUCGAAGGCAGGCGGAACGCAUGAGAGAACUAAGCAAUCGUGCCAAUUCGGAUCAAAGGUCAGAUAAUGAGCGUAUGGACGCGUUGCAGGAAGAAAACCGACAGCUCCGCGCCCAGCUAGUUGAGGUCCAGAGCAAGAUGUCUCGACUCUUGGCUAGUAUCCAAGGCAUAAGCGACUCUGUCUCUAAGACGCUGGAUGACACAGCCAAAAAUGAUAGCGGGCAGUUCAAAGAGACAAAUGACGCCGUCGGCUUAUCUCUCGAAUCUUCAAACGAUAAAAACAGGCAAAACUUACAUGCUUCAUCAUUCACAGGCUCCUCUCUGGAUUUGGAACCGUUUGACACGUCGAUACUGAACUUCAGCCCUCCUCUCACGCAAAAGCCUUCGACGGGCCAAUUUGAAGACGUACUUACAUCAUCCGAACUUAUUAACGUCGCCGGCACAAACCCGCUUUACUCUCAGAUCCCGAACAUAUGGAGCUUUGAAUAUCAAACCGGGGUAGAACCAUACCAGGUUGCCAUGGAAGCGACUCAAGAGUCUAGCGUAAUGUUGAGAAAGGAUUGGGCCUUGUCAAACUCGCCAUUCUCAGACCAUAUCCAGCUCCUUCAACGUCUCUUGAAGUCAAAACUAGCGGCCUCGGGAUUUGCUCCUGAUGGCCAGCGCCCAAUGCAAGGCCUUUAUCAACCAGUCCUUAUGGUUCUAGCCAUGUUCAACAGCAUGACGCGGCCCGACGUAAUGGCCUGGUAUGCCAAAACACGGUUCUACCAUAUCAUAGAGCUCACAGCUUGGCAACUAUAUCCCUCUACGGCGACGUUUGACAAACUUCACCAGCGAUAUCGACCAACCGAGACCCAAAUGAGUCACCCGCAUCCACGCGUAAUAGAUUGGAUCCCGUUCCCCUCUAUCCGAGAUCGGCUCAUACAACUUCACUCAGCCAACCCACAUAUUGAUCAAAUAUUUUGUGACGCCGUCACGGGAUACGUAGUGGAGACAACAAUGUCUAACCUUAUCCUCGGAGCGCCUCAUAUCACUGUCUACAUCCGGGUGACUGAUUUAAUUACGGCCAUGGCGUCAAAUGUAGACGACAACCCUGAAGAGCCGCCCGCGACGCUUCCCGUCCCAGAUAUCACGACACUAUUUUCAUCUCCCUCUCACGCUCGUGCGGCAUUCAAGCUAUUGAAUAUGGACAAAGGCGCAUCGUACUACAAAAUUGACCCGGCAUUUUACGCGAAGUAUCCGGAACUCUUCGAUCAGUCAAACGACCUCACCGCCACAGGCAUACCCCUCAGGCCAAAGUCUCAAAAGGUACUCACCUACCCCAAGCCCCUCGACGCCUCAACGGUCGAAACCUACCGGAGUUUCAUUGACUUUUCCCUCGACGCAACCAAUACAAUCUCCUCAUCGACGACCUCGUGA